AUGCACGUAUGUCUUUUGAUAUGUAGGGCAUUUAAGCGGACGUAUGAGACGAAUAGCAUCGCCGUAUUCGCGAGUAGAGGACCAAAGACACACUGUCGCACGGAGCGUAUUCACUUCUGGGCCGAGGAUCCCGAGCGAAAGGGGGUCGAAGGCAAGACCCGCCUCAUCGUCAUUGAUGAUCGGGAACACCCAUGA